UGUUUUCUUUCCUGUCAAGCACUCACCUGGAGGAUCCGGUCUUCAGACAGGGUUAUUCGUUCCAUGGGAUUUUGAUUAUGGCUGCAGCUACUAUAGUCCACGAUACAUCCGAAGCUGUAGAACUGUGCGCAUCAUGUGGCCUUUUUCUAAAACCUAUCACAAAAAUGAUCAUCAGUGUGGCACUUCCUCAACUGAAGCAACCUGGAAAGUCCAUUUCAAACUGGGAAGUUAUGGAGCGUUUAAAGGGCAUGGUAAAUAACCACCAGUUUUCUACUCUGCGUAUUUCCAAAAGCACAAUGGACUUUAUCAGAUUUGAAGGAGAAGUCGAUAACAAAAGUUUGGUUAAGGCAUUUGUCUCUUCUCUGGAUGGAAAAAGUAUAAAACUUAGCGGAUUCUCCGAUAUCUUAAAAGUAAGAGCUGCUGAAUAUAAAAUAGAAUUUCCCACUAGGCAUGACUGGGAUUCCUUUUUCCGUGAUGCAAAAGAUAUGAAUGAAAACUUACCAGGAGAAAGACCAGAUACAAUCCAUCUCGAAGGAUUACCAUGCAAGUGGUUUGCCUCUAAAGAUUCUGGCUCAGAAAAACCAAGUGAAGAAGUCCUUGUUAAAGUUUUCAGUGUAUUUGGGCAGAUCAGGAAUGUCGAUAUACCAAUGCUUGAUCCUUACAGAGAAGAAAUGACUGGUAGGAACUUUCAUACAUUUAGUUUUGGUGGCCACUUAAAUUUUGAGGCAUAUGUUCAAUACAAGGAGUAUGCUGGCUUUGUAAAGGCUAUGAACGCUCUUCGGGGAAUGAAACUAAUGCAUAAAGGUGAAGAUGGAAAAGCAGUGGCAUGCAAUAUAAAGGUGUCUUUUGAUUCAACCAAGCACCUGAGUGAGGCAUCUAUGAAAAAGCGGCAGCUGGAACGGCAGAAACUGCAAGAACUGGAGCAGCGACGAGAGGAGCAGAAGAGAAAGGAGAAGGAAGCUGAAGAGAAACAAAAGGAAGAAGAACGCAGACAAAAAGAGCAAGAAGAGCUUGAAAAAGAAAGAAAAAGGAAAGAGAAGAUGAAGCGGAAGGAGGAGAAGCAAAAAGAACGGGAGGUUAGAAAGAACAAGAAAAAAUUGCAAAAAUUGCAAGCCGAAGAACAAAAGAGAUUGCAGGAGAAAAUCCGAUUUGAAGAGAGAAGACUUUUACUGGCUCAAAGAAAUCUUCAGUCCAUCAGAUUAAUUGCUGAGCUGUUAAGUAGAGUGAAGUCUCUAAAGCUUCAUGAAGAGGAACAAAGGGAAGCAGAAAGGAUCCGACUUUUACAGUUGGAAGAAAGAAGGAAACGGCAAGAAGCAGAGCUGAGACGUGUGGAGGAAGAAAAACGUCGAGCUCUGGGCCUUCAGCAAAAAGAAAGGGAAUUGAGAGAGAAACUUCUGAGCAGUCUCCUUAAUAGAAACUUGUGUUCAAUCCCCCAAAGCAUUGAGGUUUCAAAUCCAGUACAUUAUUUACCUCUUAAACCAAGUGGAAACGUCCCCUAUGAAUUACCAAUUAACGAUGUUACAUCUACCUCUACUCAGACACCUUCAGACUUUCAACCGCUACAGCCUUACUGUCACUAUGCAAAUUCACAUCUGCAGGGCAUUAAUGGAGCAAGUUAUGAGUAUCCUCUGAUGCAGGACUGUAAACAAAUAAGCAGCAUACAUCUUGUGAGACCUCUAUCUGCAUAUACCAGUAAUUUUGACAAUAUUAAUCCACUUCAUAAUCCAAAUUUAGUUGAUCAGAAUGUAUAUGUGAAUGAAUCUAAACCUCCCCCAAUUGUAAAAGAACCAGAAAGCAAUAGAGGACAAGAGGUUUCUAGUACAGAUUAUCAUACUGGGGAAAAAGUACAUAAACACAAAUCAAAACACAAGCGAGAUUUGAGCAGUGAUAGUGAUGGACUUAAAGUUAAAAAAAGACACAAGAAACGUUCCUCUCGUGAUUACAGCCCAAAAGAAAGCAGACACAGAGGUAAAGAUCGAAGAGACAAAUACAGGAGCAAAAAGCAUCACAGGAGAUCCUGUAGUAGGGAGAGAAAGUCAUGCAGCAGCUGAGCAUUACACAACUUGCAUGUGUUGCUGAAUUCAUUUUACUUUGAAUCCAUUUUAUUUACAACCCAUUCAGGAAUACUAUGCACUAAUUAUAAAGUAAGCUACAACUCUUGACCAACAUGCUUCUCAGACAUUCAUCAACUAGUCCUGAUUAGAGGUUUGCAAGCUGAACUCAGGUAUAUCCACUAAAAUAACAGUUUGGCAACUUAAAGCAGAACUGUCACCAACACCCCCCCUCCCCUUUAAAAAAUUAGUAUUUCAUAUUGAUACAAUCUUUGAAAUACUCAAUACUUCACUGAAAUUCCAAUCCAGUCUAAAAGUAGGGACUACUUAGUCUCAGUAUUUUUACUGCGCCUGACACUUCUAGACAGUGGGCGGAGCAACCACCGCCUUGAAGUGCCAAUCCCCCAGGCAUUACCAGUGACAGCUGCAGGAAAUUGGCUCUGUCUAUGGAGGAUCUUGCGAGAUCCUACAUAGACCUCAAUACUGUAAACUCACGCAUGUACAAGAUGUUACCAUCAGGGCUCUCGGUAAAUUAUGCAAAGUCCCCAGAUAGUGACAGCACCAUUUUUAAGGAAGCUGUGAAUACAUUUCUAUAUGAGCGUCAGUUUGCUCUAUAUUCUGUUUUGUUAAUCGUCACAUGAGUUAAAGCAGUGUACAUAUGACUUUAACCAUUUGCAAAUAGAUCACAACUAUCACUAGAUAGUAGGACAGGAGUCCAGUAAUCUGCAUUCCUAGUGGUAGGGAUUUUUGUAAUACUCAUAUCCAAGUACAGUUUGGUAAUUACAGACUGCUGCAAGACUGGCAAUGUGUAGCCUGUAAUUCCAAGCAUGUUCUCUGUUAUGGGUUUAUAUAAAAUGUUUAAGCUACAUUAACUGCUAGGUGAUAGUGAAAUGCCAAUUUUGUUAUGUUGAAUGAUGUAAGGUACAUUGGUUUCUUUCUCCAUUAGAUGGAGAAAUUAAAAAUAAACGAUAUUCAAAAUCUUUUUUUUUUUUUUCCUUACUGGUGUAUCAGCGGUAGCUUACUCUGUUCCAAGGACCACAUUUAAGUAAUAAACUAUAUAUGUUUUAGUUCUACACAGCUAUUUGUUCAGUUUAUUUUAAUUGUUUUAUUGCAUCGUGUAUUAAAGGGACACUGAAGACCCACUUACGUGUGAAGAAGUGUAUCUUCUUUUAUAUCAUUUUACAAAAAGUGCAGAUUUCAAUAGAAAUUAUCACUUCUACAAAUAAAACUUGUUACACCUCACUGGCAGU